CAGAUCCAGAGAGACCGUUCCCCUGCUCUGUGUGUGGUAAGAGGUUCACCGCAGCCUUCAGGCUUAAGGCACACAUGAAGAUCCACAGCGGAGAGAAACCCCACCAGUGCUCCGUCUGUGGCAAGGCCUUCCUUCGACCCUACGACCUUAAAAGACACCUGGUGACCCAUAAAGGAGAGGGCACCAGCUCUGACCCUGACAGUCCAGGGAUCCUGACCAGGAGCUGAAGCCAUAUUUCUGCUCCCAGUGCGGUAAGAGGUUCACUGCAGCCAGCAGCCUGAAGACACACACAAUGACGCACAGUGGAAAGAAACCCCACCAGUGCUCCGUCUGUGGGAAGUGUUUCCUGCGAUACCAGGACCUGAAGAGACACCAGGUGAUCCACAAAGGAGAGGGCGCCAGCACAGAAAAACCCCACCAGUGCUCUGUCUGCGAGGAGAGUUUCUUGAAGCUCGACGACUUGAACAUUCAUGUGAUGAUCCACACAGGAGAGAAGACCAAGCACAUCUGCCAACCAUGUGGGAAGACCUUCAGUCUGCUGCAGGACCUAAAGACUCACCAGCGCACCCAUACAGGAGAGAAACCGUACCACUGCUCCAAGUGCCCAGAGAGCUUUGGCAACCUGUUGGAGUACAGGGAGCACAAGCAGACACACAAUAACAAGAAACCGUACCUUUGUGACCAAUGCGGCCAGACGUUCACCCACUUCUACACCCUCAAGACCCACCGGUCAAUCCACACAGGGGAGAACCUCCUCCACUGCUCCUACUGUGGGAGGGGCUUCACUCAGAAAACAUCCUUGGCGACCCACAUACUGAUCCACACCAAGGAAAAACCGCACCAGUGCUCUGUGUGUGGCCAACGUUUUGCCAGAAGCGAAAGCCUGAAGAAACACAAGAGGAUACACAUGGCAGAGGUCCGCCAUCACAUGUGCGAGUGCGGGAAGAGUUUCCCGGACAUGAAAAGGUUGGAGGUGCACGCGAGAAUGCACUACAAGAGCCUGGAAAAGAAGUACUGCUGCUCAUACUGCGGGAGAAUGUUCCUACGGGACGGGGAUCUAAAGAGUCACCAGAGAACACACACCGGAGAGAAACCCUUUGUCUGCGCCAUAUGCGGGAAAAGUUUUGCCCAAUCUGGGAACUUGAGAGUGCAUCAGAUCAAGCACACUAAAGAGAGACCGUACCCUUGUACUGUCUGUGAUAAGGGGUUCACCACCUCUGGGAGUCUGAAGGUGCACAUGAGGAGGUUUCAUACAGGGGAGAAGCCGUACGUCUGUAGCCUGUGUGGGAAAGGGUUCAUUGUACCCAAAGCACUAAAGACACACCAACAGAAACAUAUGAAAGAGACUACCGUCUAGUUUGACGGGAGAUGGGAAAAGACUGUCUUUCUGUGAUUCCUCGCUCCACUCUCCUCUCAACUGUAAUAGAGGAGAAGUUCCGAGGUCCCUCCUCUCUGACUUUAUUCUCCAUUUGGAGGAGGAGACGAAGAGAAAGAGGAAUCGGGGAAUGAUGAAUUGAGAAAUAGUCGAGGCCUGCUGCUGGUUUUACCUGUUGCUCCCAUUGAGGACAUGUUUUUUUCAAAAUAAAAG